AUGACUUCGGCUGCCAAAUCAGACUCGACACGUACCAGAGAAUUCCCGUCAGGUCCUCUUGGUGUAGUUACUCGAAAGAAGCAUGAGAUCGAGGAACUUUUGCAUAGCCCUGAGACCAACAUAGAAAAAAUUAAAGUGCUUUUCAACGUAUACCUGGUAAAAGUGGAACGUCUUCUCGAAGCUUGCAAUGAACUGAGAGAAAAGGAAGAUUGCAGGCAGGACGGUUUGGAAGUGUGGCUCGAACCUAUUCUGACUGACAUAAGUCAAUUUAGAAGUAAUGUCGAGAAACUCCUCGUCCCGAGCCAUGACGUCAAAACUACGUCAGACGUACGUUCACACGCCAGUCGGGUGUCUUCUUCUAAGGCGUCUUCGUCCGGGGCGUCUGGGUCCUCCGUCACAUCAGCACGUGUUGCCUUAGCACAACAGAAGGCAAAACUGAUGGCAGAGAAGAGUUCGUUGAAAGAAACUAUUGAGCUCGAGCAAGAAGAAAUGGAAUUACAGCGUAAGGAGCAAGAACUCCAGGCAAGAAUAGCAAGAGAACGUUUGAUUUUGAAACAAAGAAUGCGGGAAGCAGAAAUAAGGAAAGUUGAACUUGAGACUGAAAUAUUGGAAGAAGAAUUAAAAAACGUAGAAGGCGGUGAGCGCUCACAUCACGAAUCUUCGAGGUUAGAGACAUCGGCUGUUCAUGCGCUACCGGCUGAUCCUCCUAAACAAGGGCAGUCGCCAGCUGGAGAUUUACUAGCGGUGGCCCUUGCUAAGCAAAAUGAGCUCACUCAGCUGUUGGCCGAGAGUCAUGAGCGGGCUGUGCUCCCGAAGCGUCAGCUCGACGUUUUCGACGGAUCUGACCUGACCGUCUUUAAAACUUUCUUAACGGCCUUCGAGAAUUUAUUUGAGAAGUCGUGCACUAACGAUAGCGACAAGCUUGCCUACUUGGGGCAGUACACCGCAGGUAAGGCCCGAAAACUUGUUGACAGCUGCAAUCAUUACGAUGCGCCUGCAGGGUACAAGAAGGCCAAGCUGCUUUUGAAAGAAGAGUACGGAAACGAGCUAAAAAAUGCCUACUCGUUCCUGAACAUUUUGAAUGACUGGCCUUCAAUUGACUAUGACAAUUCGGAUGCUUUGGACGAGUUGUCACUCUUCCUUACAAAGUGUUCCAAUUAUAUGUCGAAUAUGUCUUCGCUUAACCACCUGAAUAGCCCAAAGGAGAUCAUGAACAUCAUUACGAAGCUUCCAUACAAACUAAGGGAGAGGUGGCGAACUUAUACUUACAGGUUGACCAAGAAUGCAGAGAACGUGACAUUCCAGCAUUUAGUGACAUUCGUUCAAGAGGAGUCGGCUAUCCUCAAGCAGCCUAUUUUCUCGGACAUUAAAGGCUACGCAGAGAAGAAAGCGAAUACUGGUAGCGGCGCCUUGAAGAAACUGUCACUAUCUACAAAGGCCGCAAAAGUGAUUGACGAAAAUCCUGAAGCCUCUCAAAUAAUGUGUCCUUGUUGCAAGAAAAAUAAUCAUCACCUGGCAAACUGUUUCUUUUUAAAGAAGAAGCCUACAGCCGAAAAAAUGAACAUCGUGCAAAAGUUAGGCCUCUGUUUUGGCUGUCUGAGAGCCAAUCAUCUCUCGAAGAACUGCAGAAAUCGCCUCACCUGUGCGAAGUGCGGGCGGCAGCAUCCCACAGUACUGCACGAGACGGUUGAAUCUAACGGACCAGUCCAGCGAUCAAAUGGUUCACUCCCCUCAGCUUCCGAUGUUGGAAGCGCAGAGACGCGACAUCAAGGAUUUUCAUUCGCAACUGGGGCUGGUGCCUGUCCGGGUGUGAAGGUAAGAUGCCCGGUAAUCCCGGCGAAAAUAAGUUUGGAUAACAACAUUAAGAUUGUGGUCAAUGUUGCGUUGGAUCCAUUCUCGACCAAUUGUUGGAUCAAUGAGAGCUUGAUAGAGAAGCUUGGUGCAAAAACCGUGAACCAAGAUUUAUAUUUGACAACGAUGGCUUGCAAGAACUUGAAAACUCCUGCACUGAUUCUUAAUAACUUGAAAAUUUGCGACCUGGAUGAAACGGUGACUGCGACGGUGCCCGUUUUGUAUUCCAAGCCUGAAGGAGACUGGCCAUUUUCUAAAGAAGACUUGCCAAGACGUGAAGAUUUAGAAGGGCUUCCGUUUCUGGACUCGAUACCCUUUCGCUUCCUCGAUGAGGAAGUUUCAGUAUUGAUUGGAAUGGACAUGCCUGGUUUAUUAAAAACUCUGCAAACUGUCAGCAGGGAAUGGAACGAGCCAUUUGCCUCUCGGCACUGGCUUGGAUGGGCGCUGAAUGGGCCGAUUUCACCUAAAACUAGAAAGGUGUCCGUUCAUCUAACGAAGAUCAAUUUCAAAGAGAAUAAAAUAAACGAAAAUUUCAAGGAAAUGUUUCAAGAUUAUGACACGACUGGUGAAAGCGCAGUUUGUAACUCGGUGGAGGACGAUAUGUUUCUAGAAAUCGUGACCGCGAAUUCGAAGAUAGAUGACGACAAUCAUUACGUCAUCGACUUGCCUUUGAAAACCAAUGCGAAAUUUCCAAACAACCGUGAUAAAGCUCUCAAAAGAUUCAAAAGAAUUGAGAAAAAAUUCACGCGCAACAAAAAUUACUUUGCAGAAUAUUCAGCCCUCACAAACGAGCACCCUCUCAAAUUUAACGACAAAGAAUUCAGCACGUUGAUGUGCGAGGUUGCGGCUAUCCUUAACAACCGUCCUCUGACGCCAGUCUCUGACAAUCCCGAUGAUCUUAAGGCGCUGACUCCCUAUCACUUGCUUCUUUUGAAUGCCGGCCCUGGUGACUUGGUGCUGGUGAGCGACAACCAGCUGCCUCGCAACCAGUGGCCUCUCGGCGCAUAG